AUGGGGGCCUUCAGCGUACCCCCCAAAGUCGCGAAUCCUACUCGGUUCGGCAUCCUCAGCGCUGCAAACCUCGCAAUGACAGAGGCGGGACUACCUCAUCUCGAAGCCAUCCACAAGCCCGUUCGUAUCGAUGGCGCAUCGCUUCUAGGGGGCCAGAUCAAGACGCGAACGCGUGGAACCCGAGGCGGCAGCCAUGGGUCUGUUGUAAAGAAAUGGAAGGCUAGGGAGACGGAGAAGGGUUACACGUGGAAGGAGAUCAGUCUCGACUACCCUGGAGAAGCGUACUGGGCGCCAUACCAGUGGCAACUGGAGGCCUUCAUUGACCGCAAAAAGGGUCGACCGGGCACCGGCAAGUAG